AUGGUAAAAUCCAAGAGACUCGACUCCCCCUUUGUUAGCUCAGUGCAGCGUCGUAAUGAGCGCGAACGCAAGCGAGUUCAUCAGGUGAACCAAGGUUUUGCCUCGCUUCGCGAGCGUCUCCCGGAUGCGGUGGCUAAUCGCAAAAUGUCCAAGGUAGAAACACUGCGUUCGGCGAUCGACUACAUCGUCCAGCUACAGAAGGUCCUCGUUAUCCAGAGGCAAAAUUACUGUCGACCGCAAAAGUCGCAUUGUGCUGAAGGAAGAUUACACCAGCAGCGCCAGCAAAGGUGCCAAUUAAACCUCAACGAUGACCUAAUCGAGGUGCAAUGUCAGCCCCGACAGGACCUGGAUGAUUCAUUUGACCAAAAAGCGUCAUCAGAUAUCUUUUCCUUCGCUCAGGAUAGCCAUGGUAACCAUAAUAGUAUUGAGAGCGAAUUAGGUGGACGAAUCGUGCCGUGGGCUUCGGCAGGCAACAGCGACCACGAAGCAGACGAGAGCAUCGAAAAUCAUCGCGUGCUGGAUACCUCGCUUGAAGACUUCGGGCUACCGUUUACGAUACAACGGACUGUUUAG